AGGAUGACCAGUCAUCGACCGUCCCGCGGUGUGUAGCGUCCGUACCUGCGAGCCAACCGGCGAUAACCGCGGUCGCUCGCUCGGCGUCCUCAGCUGGAUUUUCUCUUGUACCGAGGGCGCGGGUCUGUUUCGCGGACUUUGCAAGUCCGCCGCCACUUCUUUCCACACGGACCGCCAGCGGAGCCUCGCCUCAGUUAUCCUCGCUUUUCGGCCUCGGAGACGUCAACGCUUCUCCCUCGGUUGUUCUCACGGGACCUUUGGAACGAUGGCAACUUUAGUUUGGAACUCGUGUGUGGGCGACGUGCACGGACCGCGCAACUCCAAGACAUGGGAUCACGGCUGCAGAGAACACAGCUGAUCUGGUCAUAAUCCGGUCAAGAGCUAGCCUCCAACCCUCCAACAGCGAUGGGGCCACAGAGAAGGACUGGGUGUGAUGGGCCUUCGCAGGGUGGUGGACUAACUGCUGGCAGUUGGUGAGGAUCAGCAUGCCAGGAUGCCCAUCACUCAGGAGAAUGCCCUCAGGAUCCUCCCUCUGCUCAAGAAGUGGCUCCGGGGCCGGGACGGCACGCCACCUCAGCUGGAGCUGGAGCAGGAGCCUUGUCAGGAUGGCUGUGAUGAGAAGGACAGAGAGGACGGCAGCAGCAGCCCCGUCUUGGGGGACAUGUCUCUGUGUCUGGCUGCGGUGGAGAAACUUGUGGAAUACAUCAAGUUCAACUUCUUGGAAGGAGAAGCCGCCAGCUUCAGCAGCUCAGCCCCCGGCAGGGACGGAGAGGGCUUAGAUGUGGAGAUCCAUGCGCUGUCCCUCACUAAAGACCAGGGCCAUGACCUGGAAUUUGGCCUCAGCUUCGGAAAUAUCCCGAUUUUUGGGGAUCCAGACGGAAGAAAGAAGGGCGGUCCGAGGAGAAGGAGAGACCAGAGUGCCAUCAUGCACGUGGGCAGCAUCUGGGUGACCGAGGUCCGGAAGAAGAGUCCUGCUGCCCGCUGUGGGAGGAUCAAACUCCGGGACGAACUCUUGUCCCUGAAUGGCCAGCUGAUGGUGGGAGUGGAUGUGAGCGGAGCGAGCUACCUGGCCGAGCAGUGCUGGGCUGGCGGCAGCAUUUCUCUCAUCCUGCUGCGGCGGGUGAAGAGGCAGGCGCCUCUGCCUCCCACGCCGGGCCGCGGCGACAGUGGCGAUGACGAGCAGUCGGACCGACCUCCCGCACACGACUUCCACAACUCCAGCAGCUGCCAGAGGACGCGCAAGUUCGGAGUCACCUCUCGCUCCUCCUUCACCUGGGACCAGAGGGAGGGUUGCAAUAAGGAGGUCCAGAGGUGUCUGAACAGCUCAUGCAGGAACGCAGAUCUGAGCCCUGCAGACUGUGACCCCGGGUGUGUCCUGACGUCCAGUGUGGCUGCAGAGGAGGCGCCAUGGUCUCCCGCCUGCUCGACCCACUCUCACCGCCAGAUCCUGGACUCGGCAGGCGACUCCUGCGGCCAGCAGCUGCUGCGGCAGUCCAGAGAAGGAAACCACAUCUGGAAGAUGCACCUGGUCAAAGGUCAGGAGGGUCUAGGCAUCAAGAUCUCAGGGGGUCGAGGAUCCAAGCGCUCACCUCAGGGCAUCAACAUCGCUGGAGUGGAGGAGGGCGGCGCCAUCCACAGGGACGGCCGCCUGCAGGCGGGCGACGAGCUGCUGAUGAUCAACGGCCAGUCUCUGGUGGGCCUCACUCACCAGGAGGCCGUGGCCAUCCUCCGCUCCACCAGCGGUCUGAUCCAGCUGGUGGUGGCCAGCAGGGAGGAGUCAGAGGUGGGCUUCCAGCACUUCCCUUCCACCAGCCUGCCGGACCUGCUCAGCACCUGCAGCUCCUCGUGCUCCGGCUCCAGCGUGACCAGUCACCGACCACCCAAGGGCUCCAGCAGCAGCAUCAACCUGCACAGCUACUCCGUUCCCCAGCCGCUGGUGUCUCCUGCUGCUGAGUUGGAGAGGCAGGAGGAGUCAAACCUGGCAGAAGUUCCCAGAGGAACCUGCUGCAGCCCCUCGUCCCUGAAGCUCUGCAGUCGCUCGCAGGGGGGCAGCACCCGUCUGGAGUCGGUGGGCGAGGAUGACGAGCUGUGUGUGGGGACCGUGCUGAACAGCUGUGAGGUGGUGGAGAAGCCUCCAGCCGGACGAAGGAAGCACUCCCUCCCUCAGCAGCUGGACUCAGUGGGGGGGAGACAGGAAUAUCAGACUAUUAAAAAAUCCGCUCGCUCGCUGAGCACGGUUCAAGUGGAGUCGCCAUGGCGACUGGCUCAGCCGUCUAUUAUCUCCAGUAUCGUUCUGAUGAAAGGCCUGGGCAAGGGCCUGGGGUUCAGCAUUGUCGGAGGUCAAGACUCGGCUCGGGGUCAGAUGGGGAUUUUCGUCAAGACCAUCUUCCCUCACGGAGCUGCAGCUGCUGACGGCCGACUCAAGGAAGGAGAUGAGAUUCUGGAGGUGAAUGGAGAGUCUCUGCAGGGACUGACGCACCAGCAGGCCAUCCAGACCUUCAAGCAACUGAAAAAAGGCGUGGUGACUCUGACGGUCCGGACCCGACUGCGCAGUCCGAGUCUGACGCCCUGCCAGACCCCCACUUUCCUCAGCCGCUCCAGUUCCCCCAACUCUAACACCAGUGGGGGGACCCCGGUCCAGACGGGGCCGGAGGACCCCGAUGUGAAGAAAGGUCUGGGGCACGGACCCAAGGACUGCAUCGUCAUGGAGGUCCCUCUGAACAAAGAAGCCGGCGUGGGUCUGGGUAUCGGGGUGUGCUGCCUCACCCUGGAGAACUCUGCCCCCGGGAUCUACAUCCACAGCCUGGCUCUGGGGUCUGUGUCCAAGAUGGACGGGAGACUCAGCCGUGGAGACCAGAUCCUGGAGGUGGACUCGGUGAGUCUCCGUCACGCGGCCCUCAGCGAGGCCUAUGCCGUCCUCAGCGAAUGUGGCCCCGGCCCCGUCAGCCUGAUCGUCAGCAGACACCCCAAUCCAAAGGUUUCUGAACAAGAGAUGGACCAGGCCAUCGCUCGAUCCACUCAGAAAGUCAGCAAGAGCCGACAGUCUUCUCUCUCUCAAGCAGGUCAGUGUGGGAGGAACCUGUCCCCAGCGAUGAGGGAGAAGCAGGAAGAGGGGUCUGCGAGCCUCAGCUGGACCAUGAAGCGGUUCCUGGAGCCAGCCAGUCGGGGCUCGCUGAGCUCAGAGAGCGAACUCUCCCAGUACUUCUCCCAGGAUGUGACCAGCCCCCACUUCCUCUCCAAGCCCAUGCUGCUGAGCUCCAACAGCGACGAGGCGCUGCACCAUCAGAGCCGCAGCACUUCGCUGGAGGACCACUCUCCUCAGCCACAUGUCUACAGCUCCUCUCUGCCUGAGGUGGAAGCUCUGGCCCUGUUCCAGCCGGCCCCAGAUGGGACUCCAGUGGCUCCCGAAUCCGUGUCCGUGCGCAGCCCCCUGGUCCAUCAGAGACGUGUCCUGUGCUUGGACAAUGAGCUCAGUGAUGAUGAAGAGUCAGUGCACGCUGGAGCUUCUCAGCCGUCAGUAGAUGCUGCCACAGUCAACGGUCAAGAGUGUGAGGGGGCUCCGGCGGGGCUGCGGGGGACCCAGGAGGACGGUCCCGUCACAUCUCCAGCUUCUGACUCGCCCUUCAUGCCGAUCUGGUCCCAGCUGGACUUGACCCCAGAGAGUCCUAGUGGAGGAGACGAGGGACAGCAGGAACCAGGGCCUUCACCUAAACCGGAGCAUGAAGCUGCGACUUGGGCGACGAGUGUUCUGAGCGCCGAGUCAGACUUGCUCCAGCAGCCGAGCAGCAGAGCUUCAGCACCGCCUCAUCUGCACGACGAGAAUGGAGACGACGGCAGCAGCGAGCUGGCCGGUGUGUGUACUGUGGACACGGUGACUCUGACCCGGCGGGGCGACGAGUCCUUUGGCCUGGACCUGGAGAUCAUGGCGUCCCCUCUGAAAGUGGUCAUAUCCAGGCUGAAGAGUGGAGGAGCUGCUGAGCGGGAGGCGAGAGGAAGACUGUGUCCCGGCGAUGAGGUGGUCACUAUUGGAGAGAAGCCAGUGAGUCGGUCCAGCUACCAGGAGCUCUGCGACCUUGUGCAGAACCUGUCGGAGACGCUCACCCUGGAGGUCAAGAGGCCAGUGUCAGCUGUAGAUGGACUCUCCUGCGUGAUGAUGUCCACUGGACCGAGGCCUGCAGGCCACGGCCCCUCCCACCCAGCAGAUGUCGACAGGACUCCGGACUGUCCCGGGGACCCUGGCGGGGGCCCCCCUCCUCCCCCCCUACAGGGCAGUCCCAGCCGGGACCCGAGCCCCAGCAGCAGCGCCCGACACUCAGCAGUGCCAGACGCUGCUGCUCAGCACUGUGGAAUGGUUCUGGAGGGAGGCCCAGGUGACCCCAGAGAUGAGUGCAAGCGUAUGUACCCCAAAGUAGAGGACAGUGACUCACUGGACUCCAGCGGCUCUCCAGAGCUCCAGACUGCGGCCGCUGGCUCUCAGCCCUCGUCUGAAGAGGAGGAGGUGGAGCUGUGCCAACAGCCUGACACAGGACCCUCAGGUGGCUCAGACCUGGGAGCUGGAGAUGAAGUCUGUCAAGAGUCGCCCACCCCACCCGCCAGCAGGGGGCGCUGUGAUGCGCUCAUCGAGUGUGUGCAGGUCAGUCCGGGGAGUCUGAGCAUCCACACACAGAGGGAGGCCCCUGAUCCAGCCAGGGGGAUGUGGGGCUCCCGGCUGUCGCUCAUGAGCAGCAGGAGACCGGUCAGUCCUCUGAGAAGGUGUGAGCUGAGCCUCGUGGAUGGAAGCGCCAGAGUUGGAGCCCCGCUCACACGUGAAGCCUCCAGACUCAAGGGCUUGAGCAUCAAGAGUCGACACAGAGAAGCAGAGGCGGAGCCGUCUGGCGUCUGGCGGCCUGACGGGCCCAGAGAGAGGAGCUCCUCCCACAAGCCUCCCACCCAGAGGACCUUCAUGGAGGUCCGACUCUCCUCUCUGGCUGCUGCCACGUCGCCGGUCCUGUCACGCACUAGGACCAUCCAGGAGGAGCCCAUGCUUCCUGCCCCUGGAGCAAACGGCCUGAAGGACGCGCCGGCGGCGAGCGCUGCGUGUUUGAAGCCCGGCUCCGCCCGACCGCCCAGCGGACGGUCCUACACGUCCAGGCUGACCUUGAAGGCAGCAGAGAGGAGGAGCUUCUUCGCUGACACCAGCCUGUCCGUGGACUACAACCCCUUCUCUGUUCAACACAAGAUCAAGUCCUUUGAGAACCUGGCUACCCUGGACAAGACCGUCUCCAGAACCUCUGAAGUCACGUCUUUUGCCUUGACGUACCGAGCCAUGCCGGCUCAGAGGAUCUCAGUCCUCGGUCCUGCCGACGGAAGGGCCCGGCAGACGCUGGGAGCCGACGCCUCCUCCUGCCCACCUGCUCUGAUGGACACGCCCACGUCCUGCAGCUCCAGCGUGGCGCUCCACACUCCACCCGUGCUCCGCAGGAAACACGCCAGGAGUCCCAGCAGCAGGACGCGGCAGCUGCGGGCGCUCAGCAUGCCGGAGCUGGAGAAGCUGAGCAUGGAGGACUUCACCGAGCUCCACGCAGCAGAAGCCGCCCAGCAUUCAGAAGAGGAGCGCCCCACCGCGCUGAGCCAGGGCUCCGCUGGCUGGUCGGUCAGCCUCCGGGAGCUGAAGGCCUCCCCAGCUGCUCAGAGUCGACUCCAAACUCUGCUCUGCUCAGAGAGCUGCCAGUCCUACGUGUCCCAGCUGCUGCAGAGCUCCACGGCCGCCUCAGAGGUCAGUGACAAAGUUCACGUCGUCCUCCUGAGCAAAGAGGAAGGAGCAGGUCUGGGCUUCUGCGUCGCUGGGGGAUCUGACCGAGAGCAGAAGACCGUCACGGUCCACCGGGUCUUUGCCAAAGGUUCGGCUCGGCUGGAAGGCACCAUUCAGAGAGGAGACGCUCUCUUGUGCAUCAAUGGCAGCGAGAUGGAGGGUAGGACUCACAGGGAGGCGGUCUCCUGCCUGCACCAGGCCAGGAGCGCCCAGCAAGCCUUCCUGGUCAUCAGCAGAGGCGCCGGAGGAGGCGCUGUGCAGCAGGGGGACGCCAGCGCUUCCAGAGAGCCGCCUCUGGAGGAAGCAGGAGACAGUCUGCUGGCCGUGGAGCUGCAGAAGACCUCGGCGGGCCUGGGCUUCAGCCUGACAGGGGGGAAGUCCUCCAGCAGCGGGGACCGGCCUCUGCUGGUCAAACGCCUCUUCCAAGGUGGCGCUGCUGAGCUGUCCGGCCUCAUCCAAGUGGGUGAUGAGGUUCUGUCUGUCAACGGACUUCCUCUGACAGGCCUCAUGCACCAUGACGCCUGGAAGAUCAUCAAAGGAACCCGAGAAGGACCAAACCACCUCAUCAUCCGAAAACCUGCCGCCUGACGGACGGCGCCCCGCGUCCUCACUCCUGGACGCUGAUCUGCUUGACCUCUGCGUGACCUGUGCUGUGAAAAGUGUUUGCUUUUUUUGGACAAUGCUGAGUCAUGAUUUUUUAUGGGAGUUCUUUCAGGCCUCUCUGAGGUGUUUUUAUUCUCAAGGCUGGAUUUUUUUUUUAAUAAAGUGAGAUUGUG